AUGCGAGGUAAUUGUGUGCGCGUCGAUGUUGUGUUCGGUUUAGCUCCUGUCAACAUGCAUAUACCAACUUCAGCUUGUGGCUCAUUAAUUCGACUGCCCAACUCAAAAAAGCUCUUCAUCCGAUCGCCCAACUACCCUCGUUUCUAUCCAAGCAACGCAGACUGUUUAUGGACGGUUAUAGGCAAACAAGACUUGCUGUCAGCUGAAGUCAACAUACAUACAUUGAAAACUGAAAAGAGCAAGGAUGUUGUCAUGAUUAGAGAUACGCUUGGACAAGAAAAUGCAAAUGUUACUGAACACUCUGGAAAGUUUGAAUUCGUGGUUUUCAACGUGAAAAAUUCCCCAGAAAUCUCUGUUGCUUUUCGUUCUGCUAUAUUUGCUAUAUAUAAGAUAUCCCUAUCAAGCAGUUCUGAUGGCGUGACGUCAUGUCCUCCAUUGCUUCCUCCUAAAAACGGCAUCAUCGUUGGAGUAAACUCUCCUCCUACCCACUUUGGAGCGCCAGCUGAGUUCCAGUGUAACUUAGGCUACAAUUUUGAAACAGAAGCUUGCACAGUUUGUGCUGUGUGCAAGUGCACACGAGAAUGGCAGUACACGCCGGUCAAAAAAUACUGCAAACUUUUUCAGUGUGAACUUCUUCCUCCAUCUCCUCAGCCGAAAGGAUUCGUUCAAGUCAAAAGUCCACUCGUUCUGGGAACAGUGGCUACAUACAAAUGUUUAGAGGGAUUUGGUUUGGAUAGGAUUCCAACUGUUGUCUGUCAAGCGCAUGGCUCUUGGUACCCUGUAAGGAAAAGACACCAUCCACAGAAAUGCGUAGCAAAUCUUACAACUUGUGAUAAUCGUGAUAUUCCUUAUAACAGCAAGCGGAGAGUGGUCUCUUUCGCUCACAGCCAGUUUGCAACAUUUGGCUGUAACAAAGCCUACGAACAGAAGGGUACGCAUUUGAGAAGCUUACAAGGCAUAAGCAAUGAUGAAAUUCGAGUGGUAACCGGAGACUCUCAAAGGUACGUAGAUGAAGCGACUGAAACAACGUACAAAGUUUGUGGUAUCAAACUACACAAAGGCUUCAAUGGCAAUACAUUCGCCAAUGACAUUAUGCUACUGAAGCUCUGCUGUAAAGUUGAGUUUUCAAACUUUGUCAGAAAAGCUUGUCUACCUCAGGCAGGAGACGAGCUUUACUACAGACCGGGCGCUCAGUGUGUUGUAGCAGGAUGGGGAGGCACGGUACAAAAGAGCGAAAAUGAAGUCCUCAGUCUAAAACCAUCUACUAGUCUUAAACAAGACAAUCUUCCUGUCGCCGACAUCGAAGUUUGUAAAAAGUCGACCAGAUAUCCAGUGGCGGAAACCUCGUUUUGUGCCGGUGACGGUAUGGGACAGGCGGGAGCUUGCAGGGGAGACAGCGGUGGAUCCAUAUUUUGCAUGAGAAAGGAUUCAGAUACUUACGUUGUUACUGGGAUUGUCAUGUGGGACAGUGGAUGCGGUCUGGCAGGACAAUACGGGUUCUAUACAGACGUCCGGAAGUUGAGGCAAUGGAUUGAAGACAACGUCGAGAAUUGCUCUAGUGAUUCUUGCCCAGACUCAGACAUAGAUGACAUACACAAGGAAGAAGAUAUAGCUAUAAACCCAAAACAUCGAAGGCACUGCGCUCAAGGUUACUGCAACGACGAUGACCAUAUUAUUGAAAAGGAUCAUGAUCAUAUUAGUGAAGACGAUGACGAUCAACAAGGACCAGAAUUGUGGAGCUCUGAAACUGUAGCAGAAGUCUACAAUGACAUCACUUUGAAACUUCGGAUACAAUACCAACUGUUCAAAGUAAUGCUGGCCAAGGACAUGCUGUUCUACAAUGGAUAG